AUGCUUGCUUGGAGGUGGGGUACGAACUUGGUUGAACCGAAUUUCAUUCGGUUCGCGCAGCCUCAAACCGAUCCCAAGUGCAUUUCUGAACUGCUAGAAAGUUCAAACGCUGGUCGCAGUCCUACAUCCAGCGGCGUGGAGUUAAAUAGCAACGUUAGCCAUAGGUCGUCGCUCAGCGUGGACUCUGGCUGUCUGAGCGUCGCUUCGGACCUGCUGUUCCCGACCGCGCACAAGUUCAGCUCCGAAUCAUGUUGUUACAGUAUGUGUAGCAACUCUAGCUGUGGAGUAACCAAGAUCGCAUUGCGAUCAACGGAGUCGUGCGACAACGAUACCAGCGAAGAUGAAGGAUGCUUUGCUGACGAACUCGUUCGCAACGCUCCCUCUACCGACUCUGAUUCGCUUGCUGCGUUGGACGAAAAUGUGCCGCCAAAGCCGCCAUUUCGGACGAAACGUCACUUAUUUUCCUUCCAAAGGCCGAAGUCGCUGUACUCCUAUCCAGAGGAAAAUACGGUUCUCGUCAUCGGCAACGACUUCAAGCAGUCGGUGGUUUCUGCCGUCUCUGGCGGUGCAGUGGCGAGUGCGAUCAAUCAAAUGCAACCCGGCGCUGGAAUGUGGACAGAAGGUCUCCCGCCAAGUCGGCUGAUGAAAGUUUUCCUAGAAAGUACUCCUGCUUUGUUCGUGGCUGAUUUGCAGACUGCAGAACUUCGCCCAUGGCAAAAUGCGUCGGCACCUCCUUUGGCAAAAUACGUUCAAGAAAAGUUGAACUAG